GCGGAGGCGUUCUCCCGGGUCACAGCGCCGGGCGGCGGCGGGAAGAUGCGGCUGCGGCUCCUGGCGCUGGCGGCGGCCGUGUUGCUGGGUCCGGCUCCGGAGGUAUGUGGUGCUCUCAACGUCACUGUGUCCCCAGGACCUGUGGUUGACUACUUGGAAGGGGAAAAUGCCACUCUCCUCUGCCACGUCUCCCAGAAGAGACGGAAGGACAGCUUGCUGGCUGUGCGCUGGUUCUUUGCCCCCGAUGGCUCCCAGGAGGCCUUGAUGGUGAAGAUGACCAAGCUUCGGGUAAUUCAGUACUACGGGAACUUCAGCCGUACUGCCAACCAAAAGAGGCUGCGCCUGCUGGAGGAGCGCCGGGGGACACUAUACAGGCUUUCUGUCCUGACACUCCGGCCAGCAGAUCAGGGGCAGUAUGUCUGCAAGGUACAAGAGAUCAGUAAGCACAGGAACAAGUGGACGGCCUGGUCCAACGGCUCCUCAGCGACAGAGAUGAGAGUGAUCUCCCUCAAGGCUGCUGAGGAUUCAUCAUUUGAGAAAAAGAAAGUGACCUGGGCAUUAUUUGAAGAUCUCUAUGUGUAUGCUGUCCUUGUGUGCUGCGUGGGGAUCCUCAGCGUUCUCCUCUUCACCCUGGUCAUCGCCUGGCAGUCGGUGUUUCACAAGAGGAAAUCUAGAGUGAGACAUUAUUUGGUGAAAUGUCCUCAGAACAGCUCAGGGGAGACUGUCACCAGCGUGACCAGCUUGGCCCCACUGCAGCCACAGAAGGGCAAGAGGCAGAAGGAGAAGGCAGAUGUCCCACCUGCAGUCCCUGCCAAAGCUCCGAUUGUCACCACUUUCCACAAACCAAAGCUGCUGAAACCACAGAGGAAGGUCGCCCUGCCAAAGAUCGCUGAGGAAAACUUGACCUAUGCCGAGCUGGAGCUGAUCAAACCGCGCCGUGCAGCCAAGGGAGUCCCCAGCAGCACCGUGUACGCGCAGAUCCUCUUUGAGGAGAACCAGCUGUAGUGACGCCUCUGGCUGUCACCUGCUCCCUCUUAUUUAUGACACUCAGAAACAGAGGCCCUAUUUUUGUAUUUUCACACGUGCCUUCAGUGUGAUGGGGAGCCCCUUCCCAUGGCAGUCUCAUGUCUUCUAAGAGAUACGCACUCCGCAGGAAAGAGGGGCCACAGCCUUGGGCUAUGUCUCCUCAGACAAGAGGUCCCUGGCCUGAUCCUGAGAUGCAAGGACUCUGCUUCCAGGAGCAUCUGCUGAGCCAACCCUUAUCACUUUCUUCUCUUCUUUUCCUGAGUCUUAAUUUGUUAAAUAACAAGUUAAAUCUCAAGUUUAAUCUGCCACCCCUCACUGUGUCUAAGACAUCAAGCACCCAGUUUAAAGCCACAGGAAAUGCCUGUAGAGGUCACAGAGAGAGGUGGGAUAUAUGGACUCACUGGUUCUCUGAGGCUCAGAUGUGUGCUGGGACACCUGGAGCACAGCAAGCCCCCGGUUGUGAUGGCAAGCAGCCACUUAUGAUGGCAUCCAUUGUUUAAUAGAUGCUCUGAAGCUGGCCAUGUAAGGGCAGAGUGCUGAUGGUUCAAAGUCUGAGGUCCGUCUCGAGAAAUUCCGGCACUCCUCUUCAGACCCAUCCCUCACCGGGGCUGUAGGUCCACAAGAGCACCAUUGUAAAGUGCUUGUCCCCCUUUGGCAGAAUGGACCUAGAGUGAUAGGAAAACAUAUUGCUCUCUCUUUUCCAAAGACUCGAGUAUGGUACCAGUGGGUAUGUCACGUAAGUGGGUAAAGUGUGCCGAACUCAGUCGGCUCCCACUCCCUGGAGAGCAGAGCCUCUCACUGUCCCCUCCGCAUAGAAGUGGAAGAACAAGCCGUUUCAGAAAACUAUGUCAGGAAAACUCAACUCUUGGCCGGUACUUUGUCCAUCUCAGCUUUGGAUGUGAACCGCAAUGGUCUUGUGUGGACUCCAGGGGACCUUGGAGAAGUUUCUCUGUGGACCUAAAUGAUGUACAGAAAAGUCGGACUUGAUGGAAGUAGAUCUACUCUGCGAGAGUCAUCCCGAUGCGGAGUGCUGUUCAGGAUGCUUGUUGAUGUGUGUGUACUCUGGUGGCCGUUUACGACACUCUAUAAACAUUGUUUGGCUAUGUAAUUUACCGUGUAUAUAUGAUAAAUUAUCUAUUUUAAACACA